AUGGCAUCACCAAUUGAUCCCCUGGUGAAGACGUAUCCCAUGCCUGCCCCGAAAGUGUCCAAAAAGGUCUUCCCCAUCUCCAGCAUUCUUUGCGAUGUCUAUGGCCUGGACGAACUACCCCCACAGGCAACGGAGGUCUCCUGUCUCUACCUCCUGCAUCCACGGCUAAGUACCGCAGACCGCAUGGAGGGAAUCGCCGGGUUUGCCAUUACGGAUUGGAACGAUCGACUACGUGCGGGCCGGGUGCCUUCCAAUCAGAAGAAUAAGGGGUUGAUUGCCGUUGCCUUUGACCAGCGGAACCAUGGCUCCAGGCUUGUCGAUAAGCUAUCGAAUGAGGCGUGGAGACAGGGGAAUCCUAGACACGCGCAGGAUAUGUUUGCUACAUUUCAGGGAACCGCCCGGGAUGUCUCUCUCCUUAUAGAUUUUAUGGGCGCGUACGUCUUCCCCGAUUCCUCACGGAAAAUCACCACAAACCUCGCCCUAGGCGUCUCCCUAGGCGGCCACGCAACAUGGAGCUGCCUCCUGCACGAGCCCCGCAUCACCAGCGCCGUCAUCAUAAUCGGCUGCCCGGAUUACAUGAAUCUAAUGACUGAACGUGCCAAACUCUCCAAGCUCUCCACCUGGAAAGACUCCACGCCGCCAGGUUCGCAAUUCCUCGGCUCGGGCUCCUUCCCUCAAGCGCUUAUUGAUGCAAUUAGGAGAUACGACCCGGCCGGAUUGUUCCUAGGCCAUGUGAGCCAGCCCUCCGCCGCCGGGAUCCUGCGUAGUGGCACCCUUCCUGAACCCACGAAGGCAGAAAAGAGAGUCCUCCGCCCGCUCUUGAAGAGAUGUCUGCAAGGGAAAAGAAUCCUGCUGAUAUCUGGGGGGAAGGAUAAGUUGGUGCCGUAUGCAAGGGGGGAGCCGUUCCUGACAUGGUUGAAAAAGGCGAUCUCGCCGGGUGGCUGGUUCGCAGAUGGCGCUGUGACGUUGGAAGAUCUGCUUGAUGAGGAGGCGGGGCAUGAGGUUACGCCGGUGAUGAUCGAGCAGUCGAUUCGGUUUAUUGGGGACAGUCUGGCGGCAGGUCAGGAGAAUACACACCCUAAGGUUCGCACUUCGAAGAUCUAG